AUGUGGUCGUCAGGGACAGAUCAGCAGUUCCCAUCCUUCCACUUGGAAGCCUCACCUCACUGGUUCUUCAUUAUUGCUCUUUCUUGGGGAAAGCGGAUCUGGUCAACAUUGUCAGCGCUUGUCCCAGGUUGGAACGCUUCGUGUUCACAUCUGAAGCCAGCCCAACAGUUAGGAGAGCCGACGCCAAGGGACUUUGCCUUUCUUGGGCCCGCGCUGGUCUUGAGAGCUCUGAGCCCUCUUUCACAACAACUCAAGGCAUUGUCCAUCGAGUAUGCGCCAAUGCUCGAUUACAUCUUCACGAACGUGCCAAACGAUGCGGACUCCGACGACGACGACAUUAAUCCCGACGACAACAUGGACGCCAACGAAAACCUGGUUACGCAUCUUGGACACUUCCCAAACCUCAAAAUGUUGCGAAUUUGUCACAGAGCUUUACGGUGGACGCAUUCUGACGGUCUCGUAAAAGAACAGCUAGUCAGACUGAUCGAAGGAUGUCCACGUCUUGAGUCGCUUGACAUCACGCAGAUCGAUAUCAGGGACACCCAGAUCCGGCCACAACUAGAAGGUCUGGUGGCCGUGGCCGGUACGGAUGCUAUACCAUUGUUGAAGGGAUUGAGGGUAGGCAUCCUCAAAAACCAAGGUCGAGAUAAACCAGUACAAUGGACAAGGGACGACUCUUGUCCACAUCUAAGCGAUCUGUUCGCCAAAGAAUACCUCGCCACUUAUUCAAAAACUGGCAUAAAGCUUCUGAUUGACAUCGAAUCCUUUUGGCAGAAAAUGGCAAUCCUGCAAACUUUUCCCGCGGUUCAUGAAGGCGUUCAUGACACAGUUACUGUCCAUCCCUAUCUGGAUGAGAUCAUGGGGGCUGUGCAGGAAAGGGAAUCAGUAGCACGCCGAUAG